GGCAGGAGCAAGGGCCUCCCUGGGGUGCCAUUGUAUCCCACCACGUUGCCCCCUCUCCUUGGGGCCCUCAGGGCCAGGGGGAGGUAACCCCAUUUCGGCAGCUCAGCCGCCGGGUACCAGGACGCUGCCUCCAUCCAGCCCGGGCGUUCCCAUUCAGCGGAGCCAAAUCCCCCGGGAGCAGCAGGGGGAGGACGUUCCCAUUAUCCGGCUCCUGCCGUGUCGGAGGCAGCUGGACCAGCCGUACAUUAAUAGAUUACACAGAGGAUUUGGGCUCAGCAGCAGCCAGGGGAGCGCUGGCAGGAGGCGAGGCCAGGGCAGCGCGGCGGGGACGGACACAACCCCCUCUCCCAAAGCCUUUUCCAGCCCAGCCCUGCGGAGUCCCCGGCCACUGCCAUGGAUGAGUGGGACCUUCCACAGUGGAAGAAGGAGGUGGAAAGCCUGAAGUACCAGCUGGCCUACAAGCGGGAGAUGUCCUCCAAGACAAUACCUGAGUUUGUCAAGUGGAUCGAGGAUGGCAUUCCAGAAGAUCCCUUCCUCAACCCCGAGCUGAUGAAAAACAACCCCUGGGUGGAAAAAGGCAAAUGCACCAUCCUCUGAGUGGGGGGAGGACACACAGCCCCCUGCCCAGGCCAGCCCCACCACCCCUCGCUGCCCCCCAACACUGAAUGUGCACUUUUUUAUUAGCUACCUUCCUAAUAUGACUACCUGAACAAAAACCCUACCCUCGUCUUCUUCUUUUUAGUAGUAGAUGUGUUUCUUUUUUAAUAGGGGUUGCUGGGAAAGCCCCGGGGGGUGGGCAGGGUUGGGGGAGAGGAGCAGCACAGGUUUCUCCAAGGUCAGGCUCCAGCUUCCAGUCCCUCCCCUCUGCCACCACCACCCAGGCAGCUUUUUCAACUGGUAAAGGAACAAAACUUUUAUAAAAAAAAAAACCCCACAAAACAUUUUUCAGCCAUUUUCAAUAUUCUUUUGUAUACUGUAGGAUACAAUUUUGCAGCAACGCAGGCAGAAGUAUGACAACCACGGGUUUGUAAAUGAAAUAAA